AUGGAGAGCGAAGCCGCUGGCUUACUUCGUACCGCAGCUCUUGAAAGGCACAUGCAAUCCAUCCAGCAGAGUGCGCCUGCUGCACGCAUCAAUCGCGCUCAGUGUGUGCUGGUUGCCAGUUGUCUCCGGAAAAUCUUUAAUAUAUUGUCGCGCCUUCCUGAUCCAUCACCCUCGCUGCAGUUGUUAACUGUCUUUUCGUCCGCCGACAUGCUGGUUCAGGAAAUGAGCUGUGAGGGGUGGGAACAGACUUUGCAGAGUCGUUUCACCUGCAGUGACUCCUUCACGGGACUCUUUGGGCGCAUGAGGAAGGCCUGGCGACUUCACUCCACGACAACGUGGGAAUGGGAGCACAAAAACGCCAUCCGUGAAGAUGAAUUGUCAAAUGCCUCCAAGUACGUGCAGCUCCUACGGAGUGGUGUGCUGAUCUCAAUUUUCCGCACGGCCGAAGAAAAAGAAAAAGGAAAAAAAAGAGGUGCGUCGGUAAACGAGCCUGAGGCGUCAGAGGAGCAGGUGAUUUGUGCCUUCCGUCGGCACCAGUUCGGUAGCUGGAAAAUGCCCUUUGAGGAACUUACACCACCCGUCGGUAGUGCACAUGACGAGUUGGUAAAGUCGGGGAAUGCGUUUCUUUUAUUUGAUGUGCACAGCGGCUACCGCUACAAGGGUACAGCUGUACGGUUGCAUGAACUCGAGGAAAAUAACGGGCGGCUUAUUUCCCCUGAAACCCACACGGCGUUUGUGCAGGACAUGGUUGUCCGCGCCACUUGGUCCCAUCCAAAUAUAGUCCCUUUUAUCGGGGCCUUCACGCAGAAAAUGUCGACACACGACGGUGACGCCUUUGUGGCGUCUGUGACACCCACACCGGCACUUGGAGUUAUCAUGAGAGAUGUGACGGGCUUUACAGUGCAGUCUGUUGUGAAUGACAAUGUCAAGGCCUCUGUCGCCUCGUACAUAGUUUGUCCAUCGGGCAGCCGCAAGGACGUGGCGACGUACGUUUCCCUGCAUGAGCUUCUCUUCGUUCAGCGUCGACGGUUCACGCUUCGAGAAGCCCUCGGCAUCACCCUUCAAGUAGCGGAGGCGCUUCAAUAUAUUUUAAUGGACGAAACGCAGGUGCCCUCUGAAGUGGCUGCGGCGUGGAUUGUGGUAUCGCCGUCGAACAUUUUUCUCUGCCCCAUUCCUCCUACCGGUGAGACGAGGAUGGCGGCGGGUCCCGAGAGGGGGCGUUCACCGUCGUGCUGGGAACAGGAAUGUACCGUGGAGAACAGGGAGAUGGAGGAGGGACAUGUGAGAUUUGUUCAUAUGCCAGCCACUGGGGCUUUUGCGGUCAUGUACGCGCCUCCCGUGUAUGUUGAGGGCAGCCCGUUCAGUCGCUGGCAGUCACAUCCACAUGCCGCCAACCCAGUCACUUAUGCCCUCAUCCAACUCUUCAUUGCACUCAUCAGCAAUGAGCCUCCGUAUCGCCUCUUGGGGCGACAGAAGGAUCUCGCCGCGCGUAUUUUUAAGGCAGCAGAGACGAUGGAUGGAGAACACGAUUCUACCACGUUGGAUGAUGAAGCGGCGGAUGCUUUGCCGUUUGUGAAAGUGAGCAUUCCAAUAGGAAGUGUCAUCCCGGCAGGUCUCCCGGCGGAGAUGCGGCAGCUCUGUGAGCGCGGCUUACUGCUACAGCACCCGUCUCCGGAAAGCACGAGGAACGGCCUCACACUGGAAGAAUUUUUUGGUAGGAUGCACGCGAUGUGGGAGAAUGCCGCCGAUGUGCCUGUCGCGUUGACGGAGCAGCGGUGCUACGAGAUCACAGGGGACAGCCCCGGUGUGUCGCAGAGCGAUGAAUUUCAUUCAUCAUUUGAAAUGGUGUCUUUUCGGACAUUGCUGGAUGACUACGGCGAUCUUUCCCAGUGA